ACUUGUCAAAUAUCUGCCAGAAAGCAUUUAGAGGCAGAACAAACAUUACGAAACGAAAAAAAGAAGAGCCGGGACCGGAAGUGACUGACUUUUGGCGCAUGCGCAGACGGAGCAAGCAGCUCAAAUACUUUGGUGGCGAGCAAGAUGGCGGACUGAAGGGCUCGAAAAGUUUAAAAUGUUUGAUCUGACGGCGAUAUACAUUCUCAAAUAGUCGUCUUUUCUAAAACCCUCGGGACGAAAUUUAAGUUUUGACGACGGAGUGUUAGCUGAAGUGAAGAUUGAAGACGUGAUAGAAGAUGGACGACUACUGCUAUGCUAAGAUGGCGACGUCAUGUCAAAGAGAACAUUCCAGCAAAUCACCAACGGAGAUAAAGACGGAAGAUGAAGAUGUCCAGCAGCUGAUUGGUCAUCCUGAAGAACGUCCGCCUCAGCUGCAGGCGGGGAGCUCCACUUUGAAGCAGGAAGAUUCACAACCACCCCACAUUAAAAAGGAAGAGGAGGAACUCUGGAUCACUCAGGAGGGAGAGUGUCUGAAAGCUGAUCUCCCCAAGGUGCCACUGGCUGCUCUCUCUGUGAAGACUGAUGAAGAUGAAGAGAAACCACAAGUAGACAACCUCUUAGCUCCACUAUCAGAUAGUGAGGCUGAAGACGAGGUUGAAGUAACUUUGAGCAGCGAUACAGACUGUGAAGGUGAUAUGAGGACUCACACUGACAACAAACACUCUGAAUGCUCUGAAAAGAAGAAAUGUGAAACAACUUUGAGCUCUUUAGGAGAAAAAACGUUAAAAUCUUCAGUUUGUUGCACAAGCUUUUCUUAUAAUGGCUGUUUAACUCAACAUGAGAGAACAAAAAUAGGGGGAAAACCCUUUAUUUGUUCAGUUUGUGGUAAAAGCUUUCCACACCAGACCAGUUUGACUCAACACCUGAGAAUGCACACAGGAGAAAGACCGUUUGAUUGUUCAGUUUGUGGCAAAAACUUUUCUCACAAGACUAAUUUGAAUAAUCACAUGAGAACACACACAGGCGAGAAAAUAUUUGAUUGUUCAGUUUGCGGUAAAAGCUUUUCCCAAAAUAGCACAUUGACGCGACACAUGACAACACACACGGGAGAAAAAACUUUUCAUUGUUCAGUUUGUGGUAAAAGCUUUUCCUACAAGACCAGUUUGACUCAACAUAUAAGAACACACACAGGAGAAAGACCAUUUGAUUGUUCAGUUUGUGGUAAAAACUUUUCCCACAAGACCAGUUUGAAUAAUCACAUGAGAACGCACACAGGCGAAAGACCGUGUAAUUGUUUGGUUUGUGGCAAAAGCUUUUCUCAAAAUAGCUCUUUGAUGCGACACAUGACAACGCACACUGGAGAGAAAACUUUUCAUUGUUCAGUCUGCGGCAAAAGCUUUUCUUAUAAGGGCGGUUUGACUGACCACAUGAGAACGCACACAGGAGAAAAACCAUGCAGGUGUUCAGUGUGUUGUAAAAGUUUCUCUCAUAGGAGCACUUUGGCUCAACACAUGAAAACACACACAGGAGAAAAAACAUUUUAUUGUUCAGUUUGUGGUCAAUGGUUUUCUCAAAAAGGCAGUCUGGACGACCACAUGAGGACGCAUACCGGAGAGAAACCGUUUAGUUGCUCGGUCUGUUGGAAAAGCUUUUCUAACAAGCAGUGUUUGACUAGACACAAAUUCAAACACACGGGAGAAAAACCAUUGAGUUGUUCAGCUUGUGGCAAAAGCUAUACUCAAAGGAGACAUUUGUGUCGCCACACAAGGACUCACAGUCGAGAAAACAUCUAGUUGUCAAAGGAACACGACGCCCAAUCUCCUGAGAACACACAUUUAAUUGCCUUGUAGGCUGUGUCCACUUGAUUGUGAUUAGUGAUUAGAGAUCGGUAGGUUGUGAUUUCAAACCCCGGCCGAGUCAUACAAAAGAUUAUAAACAUGGGAGCCAUUACCUCCCUGCUUGGCACUCAGCAUCAAGGGUUGGAAUUGGGGGUUAAAUCACCAAAAAGGAUUCCUGGGCGUGGCCACCGCUACUGCUCACUUCUCCCCUCACCUCCUAAGGGGUGAUCAAGGGUGAUGGGUCAAAUACAGAGAAUAAUUACACCACACCUCUUGUGUGUUUGACUAUCAUUGGUACUUUAACUUUAACUUACACCCAGCUUAUUAUUAAAUAUGUGACACCCGGAAAGGCGGCAUUUUGCCUUUCUUGUCGAAAAUUGCCCUAUGAUUGUGUCGUUUCAGGCUGGUCGAACUAUUCAAAUAGCAAAAAGGAUACAGUAAUCUUCAGAGGAAAUAAAGAAAGGCGAAAGAUGGCAAGAUUUUACAAAACGACAACAAGAAACACGCAAGUUUGCAGUCAAUGGUUGGUUUAAUAUACUUGUACAGUUUCGUAUGUUCCAUUUAAGUAUUAUCAUGAUUCAGUUAAGCAUUAUCAUGAUUUGGGUUGAUUUUUAACUGGUUUCGGAGUUAUUAUAACGUACUUGUUUGUAAACAACCAACUUGACAUGUUCAAAUAAAAGAAAGCAAAUGUGAGCAAAUCCUAAAAAAGUUAAACUCUUACUAAGGGCAGCAAUCAUCAAUGAGGAUUGCAGCACGUAAACAAUGUUGACAUCUAUUGUUCAAUUUUUAUUAAAGACAUUAAAGGGGAACAUCAUCACAAUUUCAAAAGGGUUAAAAACAAUAAAAAUCAGUUCUCAGUG